AUGUUUGCUGAUAAACCAGCCGUGAAACUGCUAGUGGAGAUGUUUGCGAAGGUGAAUUCCAAAGAGGGAGAACCUCCGUGCAAGGAGAGACGCGCGAUUCUGCUUAGCCCUGUGGGAAAGAUCGAGAUAUCUGGGUGUGAAAAAGGCUUACAUGAAAUUAAACUUCCAAAAACGAGUGUGCUGCCAAGUAGCAGGGCAGAGUCCUCGGCCGCUUGCGAGGUGUGCGAAGGCGCGGAGGAGAUGACGGAGCUUUUUUCCCCGCGCCCCAUUCAUGCCAACAGUGCUCGCUUCGUCUUCUUUGCAGAGUCGUUCAGCAGCCAAGUGCUGUGGACCCUGUUGAGGGACGUGAAGUUUGGAGAGGCCGUGUCCUACAAGCAAUUAGCAGCGCUCGCGGGCAACAGCAGAGCGGCGAGAGCGGUGGGAGGAGCGAUGAGGAGCAAUCCUAUGGCCAUUGUCAUACCCUGCCACAGGGUGAUCUGCAGCAGCGGCCAGACCGGCAACUAUCUGUUACGCGAAGCCAUGUUUGCCGUGGCCUCUCUGUAG